UGAAGAAGUAAACAACAUGUCAGGUCAAGAUAUGCAUAACUUUAAAUCCGUGGUAUGACUAACUGUGUUAUGGAUUACAGAAAAUGGGAGCGAAAUACAAGACCUAAACCUCUGUUCUGGGAAACUCCUCAUCGUAAAGCAGGCAUAUCACCUAACAAAGGAGAAAUCCGACCAUCUCCGACUGGAAAAUCAGCUGUAAACAUGGCACUCCCCAAAUUCCCUUCAAGAAGGACAGCUGAAAAAGUGGAACAGGACCAGGUCACCUCAAAGAUGAAAUACAACAUCAAAGAACUAAUGAUACUCAUCAAAUCCAGGAAAGAAACAAUAAAAGACCUGGAGGAGCUCUGUGAACAGCUUCAAGAGAGGAACCUGCAGAUGGCCAGAAGCAUAAUGGAUACAGACAGAAGCUCAUUCUCCAGAACCAAUGAACUACUCGUCCAGGCAGAGCAAAAGAGGAGAUCAACGGUAGCUUUGAAACGAUGGAAUGACAGUCUUAUCAAAAAUGCCAAAACAGAGCUGAGAGAUAGAAAGGAAGCAUCACAGACACUUCUCAGUGGUUUGCAGAAGCAGUUGGAUCUGUUAAAAGCGAAGGUGGUAGAGGCUCAAAAGGAGCUCCGCAGACUGAAGACGUAUAAAGAUAUGGAGUUCCCAGUCAAGGCUUUGCAGAUUGCAGACAUGGAAAGAAAGCUGGACAGACUGAAACAGAUGCAGCAGAAAGAGCAAGAAGAUUUGAAUCUGUUUUUUAAGAAAGAAAUGGUCAAUUUGGAGAGACGCCAGUGCCAGAAAGAACAAGAAGUGCUGUCUGCUGUUGUUGAGAAACAUGCUUCCCACAUCCCUCCCAUUGUCAAACUGAUGGCCUCACAGAACGAUACAAUGAGGGAAGAUAUUCAUAAACAGAAAAAAUUGGUAAUGGAGAUGGAGCGAAAGAAUGAAGAGCUAAGGAAGUGCAUCCAGGAACUGCAACUAUCAAGACCAAAAAACAUCAGGAGAGAGAUCUUUCCAGAUGUUUUCCUGAAAUCAGACAAGUGUACUCCAGAUAUGGACGUCCAUCUUAAUAUACCCCAAGUGGAUUUGCUCCAUGUGUAGCCUUGUGCUUAAGGCAUUACCUUUUUGAGUCUUCCCUUGAGCUGCUAUAUAUUACUGAUGAAAGUCAAUGAAGCCACUUCAUUCAUUAAAUCAUUUUACUCAGUCAAACAAUGGUACAAAUCUUCUUUUCUUUAUUUG